CGUUUUCUCUCUCAUCUCUCUUGAUGCUUUCGUUUUCCUUACAAUUCCUAUUCCUCUGUUUCAUUUAGAUUCGCCGAUGAAUAUUUAUAUGAACUGGGAAAAUACCCACAAAAUCAAACCCCUAAUUUCUCGCUUACAAGAUUCCUUGUUCUUCAUCGAUUUUUGGUGCUGUCUCUAUCCCUAUUCUUUUACCCGAUCAAACUGUCGAUGUUUUGUAUGGAAUAUGUCAAUUUAACCAGUCUUCAUUGUUGGGUAUCGUUGAAAUUGCUGUUUUGAUUAAAAUAUCUCAGUGGGGUUCGGCCGGCUGCCCUUGAAUUUGGUGGGAUUAUUUGAGUAAAUUUAUCUGGGUUUUUCUCUGUUUUUCAUUUUCAGCGAUUUGAAGGUUUCAUUUUCCUUUUGGGAUUUUGUUUGGUUUGUUUUCUUGUUGGGUGUUCAUGUGCGAGUUCUUCCGCAUUAUCUUUCGUUGUUGUUGAAUAAUUGUCGGUUGAUUCCGAUUCUGCGACCCUUUUUUGGGGGAGAAAAUCACCAUGGAUGACGAAUUUGGGCGUUUUUGUGAUGUUUGGUCCUCAAGAUUUUAGAAAGGAACAUUGUGUUGAAUCGUAUUUCUUCAGAUGGGUAAUAACUGUCUUCGUAGGAAUUCGAAGGGUGGGUUGUUCUACUCGAUUUCCCAUCCAAUUUGGUGGUCUCGAUCGGAAAUGGAUCCUCAUACUAAGAAAGGGGUUUCUAACAAAGGGAUCAAAAACCCUAACCCUAAUCCUAACCCUAAUGAAGAAGUUCAAAACACUCCCCCUGAACCAGUAAUGAUUGUUGAUGAAAGGGCUAAGCCAUUGGAAUGUGAGGCUAAACCAGUGGAAGUUAUAAAACCCAAAGAAGAAGAUAUCAUCAUCAUCAAACCUUUAGAACCUUUGGUGCCUAUGGACGAUUUGAAUAAACCAGCAGAAAUACCACCUAGAUAUGUUGAAGAGAGAUUACCGGUUGAAUUGUUAAUUCCAAAACCGGCUGACGAACCACCGAAACGCAUUGAAGAAAGAAUGCCACCAAUUGAAUCAGCACUGCCGAAGGAAGAUAGUAGUGGUGGUGGUAAUAAUGAUAAUGUUUCUGAAGAUUUGAUUAAAAUGAAGAAGCCUAAGAAAAUAGUAAGUGCAGGUUUGAUGGUAGAGUCAGUUUUGCAAACAAAAACUGGUCAUUUGAGGGAGUUUUACAGCUUGGGAAGGAAACUUGGACAUGGGCAAUUUGGGACAACUUUUCUUUGUGUGGAGAAGUCAACUGGGAAAGAGUAUGCCUGCAAAUCGAUAGCGAAAAGGAAGUUGGCGACAAUGGAAGACGUUGAAGAUGUGAGAAGGGAGAUUCAGAUAAUGCAUCAUUUAAUUGGUACUCCCAGCAUUGUUUCUAUUAAAGGUGCUUAUGAAGAUGCUGUUGCUGUACACGUGGUCAUGGAACUCUGUGAAGGUGGUGAGCUUUUCGAUAGGAUUGUUAAGCUCGGUCAUUACACUGAAAGACAGGCAGCUGAACUUGCAAGAACCAUUAUUGGUGUAAUAGAAGCUUGUCAUUCUCUUGGAGUCAUGCACCGUGACCUCAAACCAGAGAAUUUCCUUUUUGUUGAUUCACGGGAGGACUCUCCCUUGAAAGCUAUCGAUUUUGGGUUGUCUAUUUUCUUCAAGCCAGGGGACAUAUUUAGCGAUGUGGUUGGGAGUCCUUACUAUGUUGCUCCUGAAGUUUUGUGCAAAUUAUAUGGCCCAGAAUCUGAUGUUUGGAGUGCUGGUGUGAUACUUUACAUACUUUUAAGUGGGGUGCCUCCAUUUUGGGCAGAAACCGAGCAAGAGAUAUUUGAUGAAGUCUUACACGGAGAUCUUGACUUCACCUUAGAUCCCUGGCCGAGUAUUUCUGACAGUGCCAAGGAUUUGGUACGGAAGAUGCUAAUUAGAAACCCCAAAGAACGCCUAACCGCUCAUGAAGUUUUAUGCCAUCCUUGGCUUCAGGUUGAUGGAGUGGCUCCAGACAAACCUCUUGAUUCUGCAGUCUUGAGUCGUUUGAAACAAUUCUCUGCAAUGAACAAACUCAAGAAAAUGGCUCUGAGAGUCAUUGCUGAGAGCCUCUCCGAAGAAGAGAUCGCCGGGUUAAAGGAAAUGUUUAAGAUGAUUGAUACCGACAACAGUGGUCAAAUUACUUUUGAAGAACUCAAAGAUGGACUAAGAAGAUUUGGAGCAAAUCUUAAUGAGACAGAGAUAAAAGAUCUUAUGCAAGCUGCUGAUUUCGACAACAAUGGUUGCAUCGACUAUGGGGAGUUCAUAGCAGCAACACUUCAUUUGAACAAAGCUGGGCGAGAAGAUCAUCUCUUUGCUGCUUUCCAAUACUUCGACAAGGACGGGAGCGGUUAUAUCACACAAGAUGAACUUCAAAAAGCCUGCGAGGAAUUCGGCAUUGAGAACGUUCACUUGGAAGAUAUGAUCCGAGAAGUGGAUCAGGAUAAUGAUGGUCGAAUAGAUUACAAUGAGUUCGUCACAAUGAUGCAAAAGGGAAAUGGUGAAUUGGGCAAGAAGGGUCAACAAAAUACUAACUUUAGCAUUGGUUUUAGGGAGGCACUUCCUGUUUGUUAGCAAGUCAGGAAAAAUUUUCCCGCUCUCUCUCACAAUUUUCUUUGAAUGUAUAAAAUCUGUGCAAUGAUUAACUAUUGCUUGGGGUUGAUAAAUAACAUGUAUAGUUUAUGCUCGUUUUAGAGCUUGACUCAUUUA